UGUAAACGUUUGGCCACACUCCUUUCCCAUCUCCCCUCCCCGCCCUCCCCUCCCAAACCCCUCACCCCUUCCCCUCCUCUCCCGUUGAGAACUGUUAACGGCAGUCGGCAUCGCUGCCCCGCGCAGACGCCAAGCAUUGCCACUGGUGAUGCUGAGUUUCAUGUGGCACUACUGUCAACUAGGCGCUGCGAGCCAGGUUUUCUGCAGUGCGUACAAUUUACGCCGAAGGUGCCAGCAAUAAAUUGGGUUCGGUGCCGUGACCUUCUUUUACAGAGCAGUCUGGUUCUUACGGAAAUGGACCUUCUUCCAGGCUCAACAUUACCUCCCGAUCUGCGCGCUCGACUCGUCUUUUGCGUGCUUUGGACAGCCUGUGGAUGUCCUCCCAGAAUUGAAGGGAUCUUGGUCAGCAUUCUAAACAGAAGAAUAUGCUGCCCUGGGAUCCACAAGGCGUUACAGACGGCUGCUGAGUGUGUUGCAGGCGGAGAAAUCCUGUCAGACGCCUGGAUGUUGGUCAUCGGGCAGCAAUCUCAAGUCGACGUGUUGCUGUAACGGUAGAUCGCGAUUUGUGAAGCAACUGGCUUUUCGCGUUCAAUAACGCAUUCGGAAGGUGGUCAUAAGUUAGUCCAAUACACGUAAAUUUAAAAGUGAACUGUUGCAUCUGAUCUGAAUCCUACGGUGUUCGGAAGACACGGUGAUCUGAAGAACACUAUGAUCAGAAGAACCUGCUGUUUGGACAAGGUUUUCAGAAAUAAUUCACGAAUGUGCCACUCUGAAAUAUAAAUCUUCAUACGAGUAUCAUGAAUACUCUUUGCCUUUUUAAGCGAUGCUGAAGAUUAACUACUUAAUGAAACUAACAUUACUGAUAGGUACCCUACAAAAAAAUGCAAGGUUUUGGUCAGUUCUUUAAUGUUCCUCUCAUAGUAAAACUAUAUUGGAUUGCUUUUGCUGAUUGAAGAGAUAGCAGUGCCUCGGAAACUAGCGGAAAACUUUGUUCGCAGGGUGCUUAAAAUGUAAGCUUCAUUUCAAUCAUUGAUAUUUGAUAGAACUGAUCUGAAGUUUUCUAAAUUUUCACUUGCACUUUUUACAUUUUGUGACCAUUUCCUUACUUUUUCUGGUAACAGUCGAACAUUUUUGUUUGUAAUGGUGUGACUAUUAUAAUACAAAUUUUACGUAUCUUAGUAAAUUUGUAGUUCUCUGAACGAAAAAAACAGAAAAAUAUAGCAGUCUACACAAGAGUAUGGAAAUGAAUUGGUAUAAAUUAUUGUUACACGCUUGUAUUUAAAACUAAAUAUUCGGUAGUCUUUUUUAGGUCAUUUUCCUUACUAUCUUUCGAACAACUCUCGACAACAGUAAUUACAAUUAGAGUAGGCUUAUGCAAUGGUAUUUUCGCAUUUUGAAAGAGUAACAACGCUUUCUAUCUGAACUUUAUAAAAUAAUGUUUAAGGUAUAAAUUAAAUGGUUGGUAAUUUCUUAAAGAAGACGUUGGGAGAUUCAUUAUCUUACCGGUAUAAAGCAUAUUCAAUGAAACUCAUUGAAAGAUCGCUUGCUUCCUCAUUAAACAUCCACCCCAUCAAAGAAAAAGUUUCUGGGAACGGUCACUAAAACGCCUAAUAUAAUAUAUUAUAUAUACAUGCAGGUCUGCGUGUAUGUACUAUAACAUUUUUCUUAAUUUAUCCUGUCAAGAGAUCAGCUUGAGGAAAAUUGUUAGAAACCCCGAAUACUCAAUAUUUUAAAUGCAAAUUGGAGUCGCCCGCGCGACAUGGUGACGGUUUCAAUUCCCGAAAGAAUCUGCUGGCAGGAUGGGAGCGUGCGUGCGAAUUCAGAUGCAAAAAAUAUACCAUGGCCUUCAACAUAGUACCAUUACUGCUCGGCGUAUGGUUCAACAUUUUGAAUUUACAGCCUUGAUAAACUUACCUUCCUGGAAGGACAUCGGGCACUGUCUUCUGGACACUAUAUAAACCCUACCUACAUAAACUGAGGCGGUCGAACUGGACCAUGAUUUUGACAAGUGUUGUGUAGCCUUAUAAUGCAAACUGCCUUACUUGGUGGCACACAACGGGUUUGAGCAGCGUACUAGCAUGUUCGUAAGGUCGGCUAAAGGGGCAAUUUGGCCUUCCCCGUGUUAUUGAUCGCUAGUUGUCUGUAGCCCCAAGGAUGUAUCGCCGGAGCAAUGCCUUGCAGGCAGCAAGUGCCACCGCGAAUUAACUUCGUAAAUCUGGAAACAAGUAUUCUUAUUAAAAUAAUAGUAGGACAUUGAUUGCAUACUUUGAGCUCUGCAGUCAUUAGUCGUAGCAAUACAAUCCAAGAAAAUAUAAGUGAUACGGUGUGGCGUCAUAGCAGUCGCCUUGUACAAACGUGACAAAUAUCAGCCACGUGCAUUUCAUGAUCAUGGACAGCGCUGGCGGAAGAGACGCU